AGAAGCAUCAAAUUAAUAUCAAGAAGUAAUAAUACAGUUAGUGGUGGUAACCUCCCUAGCAGUAUCUAAAGAAAGCAGUAGAUAACAGAUUUCCAUCGGAGAAGAAACCAACAAUUUGAGUCGCCAACAUGAGCGUCGUCCUUGUCUUCGCCGCCUUGCCUGUUGUGUCUUUGCUUCAUGAAUUUGCCAAGUCCUUACGGUCGCCUGCACUCUUGCAAUUCAACAGCCACCACCAAUACCAUGACACGGUGGAGACGACGAUGGUGGGGGAAGAAACUAUAAAAGAGGAAGAUGGGCUUGAAGAAGUCAGGUACUGUGUUGUUUGUCUAUGCCAAGUCUGUUCCGGUGACAGAUACCGGUUGCUUCCCCAGUGCAACCACAAGUUCCAUGUCCAUUGUAUUGACACUUGGUUGGAAACCCACUCGACAUGCCCUCUCUGCAGAAGUACCAUCCCAAAAACAUCAGUACCUCCACGUCCUCUUCAACAGCACCAUUACUCUUCUAUUAAUGGUCUCCUUUGUUAUCCUUUCUCUCUCUUUGAGAACAUGUUUAAAUGGCUGGCUAAGCCACCUAACCCUGGCCUCAUGUCUGCUGUGUGUGAGCAUUGCCAAUACCUGCCUAAUUCAUAGAAUUGAUC